AUGCUAUCAACCUAAUCCACUUAAUUCCCAUCAUCACCUUCCUCCUCUACAUCAUUUUCGGGUAAUCAUUGCUUCAAAACUCUUUCCUCUUAGAUGGAUAUACCAUUCAUCAUCUCGGUGUCUUGCUGUAUAAGAGUGUAAGGCUUUUGAAUCCAAUACCUCUAAAAAAAUGUUCAAAAGAUAAGGGAUUUUUAUUUGGUCUUGUAAAGGAAUUGGGACUGGGAAGCAUGGUAGGCAAGGCAAAGAUGGUAGGUGUUUUCUUUUGUGCGGGAGGAGCCUUGACUACUGCUCUUUGCAAGGGAACAACAUUCAAGUUCCACGUGCACCUUUUAUGUAUUACAAGCAAGCCUGAUUGGACAAGAGGAAUGCUGUUGCUCAUAGGGGGCAAUAGCUACAGGGGCAACAUUCUGCUUACUUUUAUGUGCAGAUUCAAAGGGAGGCCGGAUUUAUACUCGUAUGUUGAAUCCCCUGGGCCUGAUUUUUGUGGUGGUAUUAGAGGCACUCGUGCUGAGAACAGAGAUUUUAUCUUGGAACUGCGAUCCUACUUCUAUAUGUUGGGUAAAAUCAUGGAGGUGAAGAUAAAGCGCUUGCCUUUGACAAACGUGGUAGCUCACAAACAAGCAAAAGUUGUUUCUGAACCCAUAGAGAUGGAGUCUUCAGCUUCCGCCACAGCAGUACCGGACACUUUAUGUGUUAAGCAACCGCAACCUGGACAAUCCAAAAUACAACGCACCAUUGCAGUUCUCCUAGAAUUCCUAAUGACUACAGGAAAUGGAUCCCUAGCCACGGUGGGAAACAUCUUUGACAAACCUCCGGAGAGUAGGGAGCAAUGUAACAGUAAACCAACUCUUCCAUCCCAUUCCAAUGAUGGAAUCUGGCAACAAGGAUCAUCUCUAGAAUGGACUCCUUGGCAUCUAAAAAUGGGUCCUUUGACUCUGACUAAUUUACUCACUGCACAAGCAUCAUUAGAGAAAGCAUAUGAAAAGCUAAUUCCAUUAUUUCUCCUCCUUUAGGUCAUGUUUUGUGGUUCCUUACAAACUACCAUGGCAGCUGAAAAACAGAGCAGCCCUGUUGAAAAUGCUCUCCAGAUGGUGAAUAUUUAGAUGCGGAAUGUUUGUAGCCGCCAGUGACAGAAAGAAGUUGUGGUUAACAUUUUGGCUUUUGUGGCCAUAAAACUUGCGGGGGUAG